AAGUCUCGUUCCUCGGCAACAUUUUGAAAUCGCAACUCAUUGUGCAAGCAUUCUCCGUGUGUUCGUCUUCUUCCUCUAAUGAAAUUAGGUCACGAGAUCAAACUUUCUCCGGCUCUCGCUCCUUAUUACCCCCGUUUCCCGUUGCUGAAAUUUCAAUUUUUGCGCUGAUUCGCCGCAUCGCUCGAGCUUUCUGUUGUAGAUCCCUAAUCUACCCCUGUCGUUCUCGCCAAUGCCGUCUCUCCUGUCGUUAAUCUGAUUCAAGUUGGGCAGAUGCUAGGAAAGUCAGGUGUUUCAUGUCGGUAAAGUUUCCAUCUUGAUUCGUUGCUUGUGCUUCUUGAUCGACGGUACGCUCGCUCGCUGUGUGGUCGCCGUUGGAGAGGCUUGUGAAGCUGGAUUCUCGAAAUCCUGCCCCCAUCCGGCCGCCGCCGGUGACAUCCACCUUGAAUCGGCCGCCGUCACCGCGGAACUGGAAUAACAUCCCUCGGCCCAACAUCUCCCCGGCUCUGUACGUUAUCCCGGAGUCGACUCCACUUCCAUGCUCUCCCUCUUCCUUCUCCCCGGCGUCUCCUUACAUCAUCAACCACAAGAGACGAGGACCACGCCUCCUCAAGAGUGUGACACAGAGCGAUGCUGGUGGAAAGAUGCUGCCGCAGCUGGAGCCAAAGGCUGAGUCUGCGGCCCCAAAUGGUACCUACGCUAAGAUUGGUGACAUUAAUAGGCAAGAGAUUGGCGGGGAACAGAAACCUGGUGCUUCAAGCGGAGGCGAAGUUGAAUCAAACUCUAGUGUGGUUGAACUUCAUCAAGUGAAGCCUGAAGACGGAUUUGUGGAUAAUAGGCCUGUUAGAUCAGAUGAAUUGGCUAGACCUGGCUCUCUGGAUCUUGAAAGAGACAAGGAGAUCAAUGAUUUCUUCGAUCCCAACGGCUCAGUUAGCUCAUACAGCAACAAUGAGCUCGGUAGGAACCCUUCUACUCCUUCAGGGGAGUAUUUUGAUGCCUUUGAAGAGAUAUCCAGUGAUGGCACUUCACAAUCUUCCAGUUGGAAAUUUGAAGAGCUGCGCGACUUGAGGCUGAAUAUAUCGAUGGAAAUAGAGAGAUGCAAGCAAGCUGAAGAAGCAACUGAGGCCUUGCAAAACCAAUGGCAGAUGCUGAGUGAUCAUCUGUCAUCUGUGGGAUUGCAGCUUCCUGCUCCUUCAACUUUUCCUGUUGAUGAUAUAGAACAACCUGACAUUGAUCCUGCAGAGGACUUGUGCCAACAGAUUGUGGUUUCUCACUUUGUGGCUGAUGCUAUAGAAAGGGUUGUUUCUAGUGCUGAGGAAGAGAUGGUUAUGGAACCUUUGAUCGAAUCCAAGAACUUUGAGAUUGCUAGGUUACAGGACCGGCUCCAGUAUUAUGAAACUGCAAACAGAGAGAUGUCUCAGAGAAACCGAAAAGCUUUGGAAUUGGCACGAGAACAACGCAAUAUGCGCAAGAGGAGGCAGAGAUGGAUUUGGUCCUCAAUCGGCCUCGCUGCAACUGUCAUUAUAACUGCUCUGGCAUGGUCGUAUCAUCCUCUUUCAAGGUCUUCUUCUGCAGGCGAAGGCAAUGCUACCGAGAGCCAUCGAGAAUGAAAGUGAAAGAAAAUUCUUCCAUUUAGUUGUCGCCUAUACUUUGAUCGAUGAAGGAGAGUCUUGGCAGCAAUGGUAAAGUUGCUCAUCUGGAGGUCACGGGUUUGAGUUACGGAAAAAAUCUCUUGCAAAGUAGGCUAAAGCUCGUACAAUCUCACAUUGACAGGAUCUUCGUGCACUGAGCCACUCAUUUUUACACUUUGAUCGAUGUCUAGCAAUUGCGGUUUGGAUUGGAUUUGAAGAAUUUGGAUCGAGCACAGAUGGUUACUAACAUACUCAUGGUAUCUGAUUCCUUCCAUUUUAAACAUUCUCACCAACCAGCUAGAAUAUGCUGUUGGAAUUUAUU